AUGAGUUUCUUGCCGUGUUAUUUGUUUCUCAUUUUAAUACUUUGUUUCCUGAGUUUUGAUGGUGGAUCUGAAGUAGCUGCUAAUCCUUUGGGAAUUUCAUUCACGGAAUUUUUCGAAAAACUCGGAUUUGAAAUGACCGAUGAAGACGAGGAAACUACGACAGUCGCUACUUCAACAACUUCUAGAAAAACGAUAGUUAAGCAAACAACCACCACCACGACCACGUCACCAAUUAUAACAGCAGACGCCUUAAGUUAA